AUGGAUAUCGACAAUUCACCUUUAACGAGCCCCGUCCGGUCGACCCCCGCCGAAGACCGACGCAAAUCUGGUCGGAUGACGCGACGACCGGAGGUGUUUUCGCAAAGCCAACACUCCGAAGAAACCGCCGGAGGGAAACGUAAACGAGGUGAAGCCCGCGACGACAAUGAGGAGGGCGAAGAAGACGACGCGUCCGAGUCUGAGAGCGAUGCUGGUGACGAUGAAGCCGACGAGGAGGAAUUCGGAGAGAAACGACGUGUUGGACGUCGCACUGGUACUCAGAAAUCAUCAAAGUCGAAGCCAAAGUCCAAGUCGCAUGCGUCAAAAAAGCCCAAAGUCGCCAGCAAUGGAUUAGGUAGACUCGCUUUUCGUCCUGCUGCCAAUGGCCGACUUCCAACCGCUCGUUCCCGGAAACCCAGAGUUCGACCUAGUCUUGCGGCGGGUGAACGUGGGCUAUAUGCGGAGGUUUUUGGAAAGAGCAGUAACCCCGACACAGUCGCCGCGCAGUGGCUGUCACAAUACCAACGCAAUAAUAGCCAGGCUAUGCGAGACCUGGUUAACUUUAUACUCCGAUGCGCCGGAACUGACCUGGAAAUCUCCAUUGAUGAAGUUGCGGAUGUCGAUAAUGCCGUUGACCGAAUUAAAGAUCUCCAGGCCCUUUACCAAGCAGAGGGUAUUACCGAAUACCCUCUGAUCUCCAAGUCGAAAAAGUUCCGUGCUUUCCAGCCUCUUCUCGAGGAAUUCGUGAUUGCUUUGAUCAAAACCUUCCAUGCCUCUUCGAUCCUGUACACCGAUGAUGCUGUGCUCGAAAACGUCCAAAUAUGGCUCUCUACUAUGUCGACCUCCCGGUGCCGACCCUUCAGACAUACAGCUACAAUCAUGUCACUCGGAAUCAUGCACGCCUUGUGUGAUAUUGCCCGCGAAGUCACAACCAGUGUGACAACCUCCCGCAAACAGCUUGAGAGUGAAAAGAAGAAGAAGAAUGUCAACAAAGGUCGCGUGGAGGCGAUCCGAACAGCCGUCACAGAAGGUGAAGAGAAAAUUGAGCGACUCGAUGAUUUCCUACAAGACUGGUUUGAUACAAUCUUUGUACACCGUUACCGAGACAUUGAUGGCCAGAUCCGAGCCGAAUGUCUGACAGCUCUAGGCGGAUGGAUUCGCACAUACCGGGAUGUUUUCUUUGAAGGUCAAUAUCUGCGAUAUCUGGGAUGGACGCUUGCCGACAUUGAGCCACAGACCCGACUUGUUGUCCUGUCUGAGCUUAUCGUUUUAUACGGGAACAGAGACAACAUUGCUGGUCUGCAUUCAUUCACUGAACGCUUCCGUCAGCGUAUCGUGGAGGUUGCCACUCGAGACGCUGAUCCUUCUGUGCGUGCGGCUGCCGUAGAGCUGCUCAUUCACCUCCGCGAAGGAGGACUCCUUGAGCCAAAUGACAUCGAUGCCAUCGGUCGACUGGUUUUCGACCUGGAACCCCGUAUCCGAAAGAUAGCAGGCCGCUUCUUUGUCUCCAAUGUCGAAGAUGCAUUCGAGUCAAUCACCGAGGAGGUUGGAGAGGAGCUUAAUGAACUGCUAGCUGAUGAUGACGAGGACGACUACGAGUCGCCUAAGCGUUCUUGGAUCAAGUUCAAAUGCCUUGUCGACUUGUUCCAGUCUUAUGACGCGCAGCAAGCUGAACAGCAACCCGAGCAAUCCUCGCGUGACAGGCUGUUAGGAGUUUCCGUGGAGUCACGCUUUGCUCUGGCCACUGAGGCUGUCUACGCUCAUAUGGAAGAGCUUGCUCAAUGGCCCUCGCUAGCUGGCUAUCUUCUGUACGAUCACUCUCAAAUUACAGACGAACCGUCCGAAGAUGAUACUGCAGGUGUUGUGAAGAAUUUAUACAAACUGGAAGAGGGACAGGAAGCUAUUCUUCUUGAGGUUCUCUGUGCGGCAGUCAAGCUCAAGGUUCUCAAUGUUGCUAAAUCUGACAUCGACAAGCGUGGCCGCAAGGUCAAGGCUUUGACACACAAGAUCCCCGAGCUUCAAGAAGAGAUCUCCCACAAUCUCGCUCAGAUCAUCCCACGCCUGCUUAACAAGUUUGGGUCAGCACCCGAAUCUGCCUCUUCUGUCCUGCGUCUGGAGCACCUUGUGGAUCUGGAUACAAUCCAGGAUCUUCAGAAGGAUGCCAUCGCCUAUACGUCUCUGCUCAAUGAUAUCAACAAGCAAUUCUUGACUCACUCGGAUCAAGAUGUUCUAGCUGAGGCUAGUAUUGCAUUCUUGCGCGCAAAGAGCUCUGACGAGAUGAAAGAAGCACUGGAGAGCAAGGUCCAGGAGUUGUGGGAUGAACUGAUCGAGACCCUUGGUGCUCUAUCGCGAAAGAAGGAAGUUCAAGAAGGUGGCUCGAUAUCCGAUCCUACUCUAACCGACCUGACCAACACUGUUACUCGCAUCUCCAAUCUGGCCGGUAUCACAGACUGCGCCGCGAUUCUCGAAACUGUGCCCAAAUCCAGCUCAAGGUCCAAGAAGGACCACCCUGAAGCCCCUUUCAACAUUUUCAUCCGCCUCGCCGAACGUGGCCUCCGCAUGGAAGAUGACGAUGAGGACAUCGCCAUGACAGAGAUCGAGCUAGUGACAAGCAGCAUCCGCAUAUUGCUAUUCUAUUUCAUGUGGAAGGUGCAGGCACUGUCCACAGCCCUCAACGAAGGAAAAGCCACAUUCACAACAUCUUACUUUGAAGCCCUAACAAAAAGCCGCGAAACCUUCGCCGACACCCUAGUCAGCAUCAUGAACGCCCGCGCGGGCUUCGACAACCUCCGCGUUACAGCCGUCACAACCUACCUCGAUCUCCAAACCCUCUUCAGCACCCUCCGCAACCUAGGAACAGGCAAAGCAAAUGACGAAGACACAGUCUUCCAAACGCAAAGUCUAAUCCACGAAAUAAGCCCAGAAACCCAAGCCCUCCUCUCCAAGAUUCACAACAGCGCCGAAAGAACCUGGGCCAAAAAAUCACGUCUGGACCUGGACCCCGCAGCCGACGAUGAUCCAGCCUCAGAAGACGAAGAUGAAGAUGAAGACGAAACCGAAAACAAGGCUAUCGAUGAGGAUGAAACCGUCCGCAACGAACGCCUCCGCUCAAGCAUCCUCGCUGAGCAGCGUCUCUGCGAGAUCACAGGCAAACUCGUGCUGGCGAUCAUCGCCCGUGUCAUUGAUGCAUCUGGCUCAAAGCGCGGUGCGUUGAAGAAACGUCUCCUUCGGAACAAGACCCUUCUUGGUCAGAAUUAUCGCGAGGUCUUGUCUUAUCUUGAAGACAAAAAACCUAGAGCUGCUCCCUCCAAGGGAAAGGGGAAGCAGCCUGCUAAGUCUGCUGGUGCCGCUCCUCCUACUCCUGCCACGGAGGGUCAGUCUGCGGAACAUGUCAAUGAUGAGGAAGAGGAGCAUCUUGAAACUGUGGAGGAAGAUGAGGAUGAGGAUUUGCGGGCACGCGGCCUUGUUGAGGAAGAUAUUGAUCGUGAGAAUGAGGAUGGCAAUGAGGAUGAGGAAUUAAAUUCUGUGCCCGAAGAUGAAGAUGAGGUGAUGGGUGAUUGA